GCAUCCGGUCUGGAACAAUACGGUGAAAACAGCUUCGAGGCAAGAUGGCGCAAGGUAAACAGAAGUUCAAAGCGCAACCCGGUGGAGCCAAGAAACCUAAAAAAAUCAAAGGUCCCAGAAAAGGAGGGAGGACGAUUGCACCAAAGAAGGUGAAAGUGGUACAGCAACAGCAGUUGAAGAAGGGCCUGGAGGUGGCGAUCAGGAACAAGAUAGAGGAAGAGGUGACUCACAGAGCCAGUACUAAACUCCACAAGAGGCUGAGUGUUGUGAAGGGAGCGGAGGUGAAACCAACCCCCUCUAAAGGAAACAAUCAUCCCAACCACCCUGCACCCAGCACCUCCAAAUAAACACMCWCUGUUAKUCUGUCUGUCUGCUCUGACUGCUUUCGCUGUGCUAGAUAGAAGUUCAUUAUGGCUCCCAAAUGGCACCCUAUUCCCUAUAUAGUGUUGUACUUUUUGAACGGGGGCCCAUAAGGCUCUAAAGUAGUGCACUGUCUAAAGUAGUGCACUGUCUAAAGUAGUGCACUGUCUAAAGUAGUGCACUGUAUAGUGAGUAGGGCGGCAUUUGGAACGCAUACAAUGUGUUUGGCACUCCUGCUAGGCUGAAUGGACUGACAUGAAGUCAUAUACCUCUAUUGACGGAGGAGUGUAAUAUCCAAGUCUCCAAUAGAUGGUGCUAUAGUAGUCAGUAUUUGGUGAGUUUACUGGUAGACUUGGCUGCUUGCUAUCGCCUCGAGGAGACAAGGAAAGGAGACGAGGAACGUGAGGAUGCCACAGAAGAAUAUUGAGAUGCACCCUAGAUAGUCAACGGUCUACAUUUGUGAUCUCUGUCGUGUAUAUUGAAGGGGCCAUCGAGUAUUUUUUGUGUGAUUCUUGUCUUGUGUUGCACUGUCUUCAGAACUGAGACACAAGUUUCUCCCAUAUACUGUAUUCCAAUGCAAAGGGCGUGAAUAAAAAGCUGUGGACAUUUUGUAA